AUGGGGGCAUCAAGGAUAUUUGGUCGGCAGAUCAGUGACAGUGACGAUACCGCUGGCGAUGACAGCGAAAAUGGGUACUGGUGGUACUCUCCUACGGCCGAUGCCAUCAAGUGGGCAGUGGUCGCAGCUAUCCUCCUGGCCUUCUCCUUCUACUUCCUGGCAGGACACUUGCAUGCUAAGCGGAGGAUGCAGAAGGGCUUGCCGCCUCUCCCUUAUCAUCGGUGGCUCGUUUCACGCCGUCAAAAGGUAGCGUUCCUGCAACAACACCCACAGUAUGCAAAUCAGUUCGCCUUCUACCGCGCACAGCAAGAACGUGUGGGCCCAUACGGCUACUCGUGUACUCCCGGGUCUGGACAGGCUUUUCAGAUGGGUGGAAUGUACGGGCCGCCUCCACCUGCGUAUCACGAACCUGAGUACGUCCCGGCAUACACUCCUCCGCAAGAGAAUGGAUCGAACAAAGUCAACCCGGAUCAACGCUUCGAGCCUCCAAACGGGCCUCCUCCGUCCCCUGCCAACGCGGCAGCGGAACCGACUCAGCCUGAGCCGGCAAGAGUUGCACCUUGA